UUGUCAAACUAGGAUUAUCGUCCUUGCCAGCGAUUCGCUUGUUUACGAAAUCGAAAUUCUAAACACAAAUAUGUCUUUGGUAGGUUAUGGUUCCAGUGAUAGUAGCGGCAGCAGUGAUGAAGAAGAUAACCAUCUGCCCCCAUCAGGUGGACGAAGGACAACCAAUGCUGCCAGUGGUGUAUCUAAAAUUGAAUCUAAACCUCAGAAUGGUGUAGAAGAACAGCAAAAAGCAGUAAUUAACGGCACCAAAUCGGACAAUGUUUCUGUUGGCGAGGAAGAAGACGACCUACGUGGAAAUAAUUUGUUUAAAGUUCUACCAAAGCCACAGGAGAAACAAACAGUGAAUGAUGAAAUAUCUGAAGGAGAUCUGGAAGAUAUUGUCAAACCAAAAUCUUCACAGAUAACAUCUUUACCAAAACCUUUACCAUUGUUAAAAGGUUCUCAUGUGAAAAUCACUAUUCCGGCAUUGGAUUCAGAUUCAGAUGAGGAAGAAGUGGUUACAAAGAAAAAGAUGAAAUUCUCGGGCAAAAGCCGUUUGUUGGACAUCCUUCCUCCUCCAAGACACAUUUCUGUGAAACAAAGUAACCGGACGUUUAUACCCUACACCCUAAACAAAAGACCUGAAGCAGCAGAAAGUGCAACAAAGAAGCCACCAUCAAGUUCCAUACCCAAGAAGCCAGCAGUUAAGAAAAGCAUCCUUGGUGUGACUGGUUAUAACAGCGAUGAUGAUGAUGAUGAUGAUGACAGCAGUUCAAAUUUUUUCUCUCUGGACUCAAAACCCCAAAUACCCCGACAGACAGAUGGAUCAUUCACCCAACCCUCAGCCACCAUUUCUUCUACCAUCACUUCUACUUUCCAUUCCCUUUCUUCCAUUCCUUCAGUUCCAUGGCAACAAACUACAGUCUCUCCACUUGUGCCAUCUGCCACCGAUGUCAUGCAAAAGGAUUAUGCAGAAUAUUAUGUGCAGCCUGAAGAAUUAGUACAGCCAGAGCAGGACAGUUUAGUAACUCCUGAUGAUGACACUGAGCUUGGAGGUCCAUCUAUGAACAUUGACACACUUCUUCAGGACGAACAGUUCCAACGCUUGCAGGGCAAGAAUCAACGAGGCAAGGAACAAAUUCAACUAAUGAAUGUCAAUGCUGAUGACUUCAUUGACAAAUCGUUACUUACAAAGACACUCACUCAAGAAAUGCCAAGACAUUCUUACAAGAAAAAUAAGGAUGCCCCUAGCAAGAAAUCUCGAAACAAACAUCAGAUCACAUACCUUGCCUAUCAGGCAAAGGAACGUGAACUUGAGUUGAAAAACCAGUGGUCUCAAAACAAAAUGACCAAACGACAGACGCAGGCAAAAUAUGGCUUUUAAGAGUUGACUUAAGAAUCAUAGCUGAUGAAAUUAUGAAUAUUCAUUAAAUAAGCAAUGCGCAAUUUACAUGAUUAACAUGUGACACUGUGGAUUAACAUGACUGACAUGUAGAUUGAUAUGUAAAGCUACAUGAUUUAUAUAUAGACUUGUUGUUGAGUAAUGUGGAGAAUUGUGAGUGUGCUUAGCCCUUUUGAUAUCAAACUACCAAUGACCAUCCCUUGUUCUAAACCUUUUGUUGCUGUAUUUCUGCUGAUAUACACUGCCUCUGUUUCAAUUAAUUUUUAAAAGUAGUGGAGAAUUUAUUAAAACACCUCUGUCAUUUUAAAACUAGUGUUUGGAACAUAAAUUAACAUGAAAUUUUGAUAGAAGGCGCAGGAGUGACUGUGUGGUAAGUAGCUUGCUUACCAACCACAUGGUUCCGGGUUCAGUCCCACUGUGUGGCACUUUGGGC